AUGAUUGCCCGCGGCGUUGCCUGCGGCUUCCCCGCCCGCUGCCUGCGGCGCGCGGCCCCGACCGCUGCUCGCGUGGCCGGCACACGGCGUGUGCACGUUCAGCCCCGCCCCGCGGCAGAGGUGCAGGUGGCGACAACCGAGGCCUCAGAAGGCAGCCCGGCGGGCUCCAAGUUCACCCUGGGCGAGGACUCGACCAGCACCACUGCGGCGGCGGCGCCCUCCUCGUACGCGGAGCUGCGCAGGCGGCCCAUUAACUUUUCGCCAGAGACCCGUUAUACGGUUGACAAUGUUGCAGAGGCCGACGCAGAGCGCUUCCAGCUGCACUCAUCUGUGCCGUUCUGGCGGACGUAUGGCACCAACAUGGACGUGCGCUCCAUGGGCACGGGCGCCGAGGACAGCCGCCGCGCGCCGGCUUCCACAGGUGAGACCGCCCUGAACCUGCUGACGUCAUCAGCACUGGCGGAUGCUGAGUCCGCCGCCUACUGGGCCUACCACGUGGGCCGCACCGGCUUCUUCCUCACCACGAGCGCUGCGGGCGCCCUCGCACACCACCUGUCUGAGCAGCUCUCGGGCGGCGGCCGCCGCACGCCGUUCCAGAACCUGAGCGCCAACGCGCAGGCGGAGCUUACAAACCGCCUGUACGAGGGCGUCGCCAUGUUCCAGCAGGAUUUGGCCGCCAUCAAGGCUGGCGCGUACAAGCUGCCCUGGGACAUGACUACCCCCACACACCGCCAGUUCAACCCCCUUUAUGUGGCCAGCAAGGCGACAAGCUUUGUUGGAGAGGCCAUCGGCACCCUCAACCGCCGCAUUGCACAGGCGGACGCCUCAAACUGGUUCAGCUCCAGCAUGUACCCCAAGUACUACAUGGACAACACUUACCACUACCAGACAGACGGCUGGCUGUCAUCCAGGUCGGCUAAUGUGUACGAGUUCUCCACCGAGAGCCUCUUCUUCGGCCGCCAGGAUGCCAUGCAGCGCACCGUGCUGCUCGCCAUGCACGAGUGGCUGGCGGAGACCGGCAGGGAUCCCUCCUCCAUGCGCCUGCUGGAGGUGGCGUGCGGCACCGGACGCUUCCACACCUUCAUCAAGGACAACUACCCUGAGAUGCAGACUGUCGCCUCUGACCUGAGCCCCUUCUACCUGGACGCCGCGCGCAAGAACGUAGCUUACUGGAAGCGCCAGCGCCAGUCGGGCGACCUGUUGGGCACGGACCUUGCCGGCGCGGGCACCACCUUCAUGCAGUGCGCUGCGGAGAGCGUCCCCGCCCCGGACGAGAGCUUCGAUGUGGUGGUUUGCGUGUACCUAUUCCACGAGCUGCCCGAGGAGGCGCGCAUCGCGUGCGCCAAGGAGUGGGCGCGCGUGCUGCGGCCGGGCGGCCUGGUGGUGCUGGCUGACUCAUGCCAGCUGGGGGACAGGCCGGCCUGGGAUCCCACCCUCGGGUCGUUUGGCAACUUCAACGAGCCUCACUACAGGAACUACAUCGCCUGCGACAUUGGCGGCCUCAUGGAUUCGGUCGGCCUGCAGCCGCGCACCAAGUACCUCGCGUCCGCCACCAAGGCGCUCUCCUUCGUCAAGCGCGGCGGCGCGCCCGCCCCCGCAGAUGAGACUGCCGCCGCUGACGCGUACUUGGCCGGAGAGGGGCGUGCGGAGGAGGCUGCUGAGGGCGCCGGCGACCCGCGGCUGAACUAG